AUGAGAGGUGUCAACGGCAGGACAUUUCUCUCCUUGGCGAUACUUGUGGAACUAACUGAUUUGACCCACGUCGAUGGGUUCUUGUCCAGCAUCCACGUACGGGAACCCCGCACACGUCUGCAAGGGUCUCCUCCUCCCUGCUGGAAAGUCAACCUGCGGCCCAGGUCGCGCGUGUGCAUGACAGCAGUCUCUGAUGUCGACGCGACGCCGGCAGCCAGUCAGUCAGCUGGAGGCGACGAGCGAGAGCCUGUGGGAGACCUGGAGCAGAUCUGUUCGCCGAUGCACGUGCAGAUCAAGACCAAGAUAGAGGCUGCAGACAUGUCGAAAGACAUCGGAUCCAUCGGCCUCCUCCGCCUUCCCUUGCAGACUAAGAGUCAGCUCGACUUCCAUGUGUUUCUCAACGACACCAUCAAGAAGCCCUCGCACGCCGGUUGGGUUUCCCUCGACUCCGGCGAUGCUGAUCGCGCGUCGCAGUUCUCGGUGCUGGGGAACAUGCGGUAUGAGAAGCCAGGCUUCCUGCAGAUCCUUCCUCCUGUCGCCGACGAGACCAUGCAGAGGCUCUGGAUGACUGGGUUCGGCCUCGCACGUCCAGGCUCUGUGGUGGGAGUCGACGUGAGAGGGCGAGACGCGACGAGGAAGUGCAGCACGGAAUUCCUAUGGCCAAACGCUGUGGAGCAUGUGGCAGCCGACGAGUUCAAGGGCCUGGAUGAAGCUUGUAUCCUCGUUGCCGACGGCUUCCUGGUGCCUGGCAAGAACGAUGGCUCUGUGACAAUCGUCAAGGAUCCGGGAGGCCCGAAUGAAGUCGCCUACAGGUUGACAGAGAGCAAGAAGUCAUGGUUCUAUCACCGUGCUGUUCCUCUUCACUUUGGCUCUGCUAGGGGAGUUCUGACAGCUCGAGCGAGGAAGCCGAUCCUGCCGUUCCAGGAGGCGGAGGGAGAGCUGGUGUGGCUGGAGCAGCCUGACACUGUGAACCCCUUUGCGGAAUGGAACCUGCCAUGGAGGGAAGUGAUCCUUGCGGAGGGGCCGGACGUGAUGUUCGAGGUGGUUGACCUGGACCCCGAGGAUGACACGGUGGAGGUGGUGGCGGCUGAGUUCUUCCGGCAGCGCUUGAGCUUCUUCUCGCUCAGGUGGGACGAGACUUGCAAGUCGCCCAAGGUGGUGCAGACGGAGCUGAUUGACGACAAGCUCGGUCAGGCGUACAGUGUAGUGGCAGCAGACCUGGAGGGCCCCAACUCCCACCUGCUCGUCACAACCCACGAGGAUCUAACGGCUGAGGUCAGCGAAGGCUCGUCGCUCCUUCCAUGGCGAAGCUCCAAGUGGUCCUACCGCGUGAAUAUCCCUCCUCCCAGGGACCUUGAGGUGGACGAUGAGCAGGAGGUGAAGGGAGGCUCCUUGUUUGCCUAUCGGAUACCCGUCAACUGGAAGCGGAGUCGAGAGAGGAGCUCGAGCUUCAACACCAACGACCUCGUCGCCAUGUUCCAGCGACUGGAUGUGGACAACUCAGGGAGCAUCGACAUUCAAGACCUGACGAGCGCGCUGAAGACGAUGCAGUUGGAGGUGCGGGACUACGACAUUCAGGCGAUGCUGAAGGAGGUCGACUGGGAUGGGAGCGGACAGAUCGAGUUUUCCGAGUUUCAGCGACUUUGCCAAGAGCUCGACGAGCAACGUCGGAGCAAUCCUUUGCAGAUCAUCGGGAACGCCCUCAAGAACUUUGAGAACGCGGGUGGGGGAGAGGCGGAGCAUUUCUCGCCUCUUAGCUUGUUUGCAGUCUCGAGGAUGCAAGGGGAGGAAGAGAAGGUGCUUGAUGACGAAGACUUGAAGAAGCUCAUCCCUGAGAUAUUCCGAUCCAUCGACAUCGAUCGAUCGGGCGGAGUCGACAUGAUUAGCAUCCGAAACGCGUUUGACACCUUCAACAUCGAGUGCUCCGACGUCGAGCUCGCCAACUUGUUCAUCGAGGCGGAUACGGAUGGAAACGGCCUGCUGGACGUUGACGAGUUUCAACGGCUGAUGCGUCGGUUUUACCGCGAAGUUCAAGUGCAUCGCAAGGACCUCUGGCUCAACGUCUUGCAGAUUCUCGAAUCGGCUUUCGCUAAGGUGCGAAGGGAGGAGGAGGAGGAGGAGGAGGAGUGUGGGGAGGUUGUCGAGGAGAUGGGAGCGAGUAAGGCUCUUGUGAGCAGGGAGUUGGGUUUCAUGGUCAAGCGCGUGGGCAUCAACCCGGGAGCUCCGGGCUUCGUCUAUCCGUUUCAUCCGCACGAGUCGCUGCGGCAGCAAGGUCUUCCACCCCAUCUCUUUGUCGCCGGCGACUGCGCAGACGCAGCCUACAUCUUCCGCCCGGUCAAGAAACGCGGAGGAGGCACGAGCUCAGGCCGGGAGCUUGCCUUCCAGUACCAGCUGCUCGCAACUUUCGGCUUCGAAGGAACCGUCGGGUCGCUAGCGGUCGCGAGGGUCGACACAUUACAAAGCGUCGAUGAUGGGUGGGUCAAAUUUUUCAUCCCAGUCUACGAGUCCGAUCGAGUCUUCAUGUUCAAGUACGGGGAACCUCCGUCAUUGGGGUACACGCCCGACGAUGAGUGGUAACAUGAAAUGCGUGACAAAGACGGGAUGACAUCUCUCUGUAAAUGAUACAACAAGG